AUGGAGAGUAUUCUUUUCCAUUUGGUUGCAGUAUUGCUGUUGGUUCAGUUCAUGGUGAUUAGUACAGCGACAAACAUCACCACUGAUCAAUAUGCUCUUCUUGAUUUCAAAGCUCAUAUAACCUCUGACAUCUUAUCACAAAACUGGUCCAGCUCCACUCCCAUGUGUCGAUGGGUUGGCAUCUCUUGUGGUGCACGCCAUGGAAGGGUCACUGCCUUAAAUCUCCCAAACAUGAAACUCCAAGGAACCAUCUCUCCACACCUUGGAAAUCUCUCAUUCCUAAUCUCUCUAAGCAUCUCAUUCAACAAUUUCCAUGGCCCUCUACCAAAGGAGCUAGGAAAGCUGCCCCGACUUAAGCGACUUCUUGUUUAUAAUAAUAGCUUCUCUGGUGUCAUCCCUCAUACCCUGUUCAACAUGUCAAAGCUGAAGAUUAUGGAUUUAGGAGAUAACCUUAUUGAAGGGAGCAUCCCAUUUGAGAAAGGCCAGCUUCCCAGCCUGAAAGCACUAUCUGUGGAAAACAACCUGCUUUCCGGUGCUUUAUCAGAUGAUAUGGGUGAAUGUCUUCCAAAAGUUGAGGUUUUGUCAUUUGCAAAUAACACGUUUGUUGGAAUCAUACCACGGAGUAUUGGAAACUUGACUAAACUCAAGGAGUUAUAUCUAAGUUUCAACAAUUUCGAAGGUCACAUUCCGCAAGAAUUGGGUAAUCUUAUUGAAUUGGAGAUACUUCGCAUGAGGAAUGUUGGAGUUGAAGUCGGAGGUCCAAUUCCAUUUUCGCUCUUCAACAUCUCUUCUCUAAAAGGGAUCCAUUUGCAUGGAAAUCAGUUGGUUGGGAGUCUUCCAGUGGAUAUAUGCCACCAUCUUCCUCUACUUAAGCGGCUUGAUCUUAGUGGCAAUAAGUUCACAGGAGGGAUAUCCAAAAAUAUUGGAAAUUGUACUCUACUUGAGGAGUUAUGGCUCGAUCAUAAUUACUUGAGAGGUACAAUCCCCCUAGAGGUUGGGCACCUACAAAAUCUAGAGAAACUAAGUGUGGGUUCCAACAACCUCACCAGCAAUAUUCCAUCUAGUAUUUUCAACAUUUCAACACUAAAAAUCUUUUCACUGUCGGACAACCAACUCACAGGAAAUCUUCCAUCAAGCAUAGGCCACACUCUUCCAAAUCUUGAGGAAAUUUAUCUAUGGCACAAUCAACUUAGCGGUCCAAUCCCAAGCUCUAUCUCAAAUGCUUCCAAACUCACUAUACUAGCAUUGUCAAAUAACUCCUUUACUGGAAAUAUUUCCACCAAUCUCGGUAACUUGAGAUCCCUUCAGUGGCUUAGCCUUGCAUUCAAUGACUUGACUAGUGAAUCAUCUCCUAACGAACUAACAUUUCUCUCUUCUUUGACGAAUUGCUUGAAUUUAAGACUUCUUGACUUAUCAUACAAUCCAUUGCAUGGUGUUCUUCCAAGUUUUAUUGGCAAUUUCUCUUCGGCACUUGAGAGCAUACUUCUAGCACAUUGUGGACUUACGGGAAACAUUCCCAUGGAAAUUGGUAACUUGAGCAACAUAUUUCUUAUGGACCUUCAACAAAAUAAACUAACUGGGUUAGUUCCAAUUGCAAUCGACAGAUUACAGAAUCUCCAGGGGUUGUAUUUGAAUAGUAAUAAAUUACAAGGACAUAUUCCAACAGAGCUUUGUCGAUUACAGAAGUCUGACACAUGGACGUUUCGUGACAAUAUGCUAAAUGGAUCAAUACCUGCAUGUAUUGGCAAUCUAUCCAGUCUGAGUUUUCUCGACUUGAGCUCCAAUAGGCUCAGUUCUGCAAUCCCAGCAACCUUUUGGAGCCUUACUUAUAUCUUGGAGGUUCACCUAUAUUCAAACUCUUUGAGUGGCACACUCUCUUCAGAAAUUGAAAGUUUAAAGGUCCUCCUCGCAAUUGAUUUGUCGGAAAAUCAGUUGUCAGGUAAUAUCCCCAGUAGCAUUGGAGUCCUAAAAGAUCUAAUGUAUCUCUUACUUGCAGAAAAUGGUUUUGAAGGUCCAAUUCCAGAAUCGUUUGGUGGCUUGACAAGCUUGGAGAUUUUGGUUCUCUCAAGUAAUAAUCUCUCUGGAGUGAUUCCAAAGUCAUUGGAAAAACUUUCAUAUCUUAACGAUUUUAAUGUCUCUUUCAAUAAGUUACAAGGAGAAAUUCCAAAGUCUGGACCGUUUGCAAACUUCUCGGCUCAAUCGUUUUUAUCCAACAAUGGACUUUGUGGCUUACCUCGAUUUCAAGUUCCACCAUGCCAAGCCAUCAGAAUAGAAAGAUCCAAGUCAUUUUUAUUGAAAUACAUUUUACCUGCAAUUUUUGCAUUUGCAAUAUUGGUGGUUAUUGUUAUUAUAAUUCCUGUAAGACGCGGAAAGAGGAAACCAAAUUUGCCAACACAAGACAACCUAAUACCUCGUGCAACAUGGAGAAGAAUUUCAUAUCUGGAACUUCAACGGGCAACAAAUGGAUUUAGUGAUGACAACUUGCUUGGAAUUGGAAGUUUUGGUUCUGUAUACAAGGGAAUACUUUCGGAUGAAAAGGAAAUUGCGAUAAAGGUGUUCAAUUUGCAAUUAGCUGGAGGUUUUAGAAACUUUGAAGCCGAGUGUGAAGUGGUGCGUAACGUUCGACAUCGAAAUCUUGUAAAGAUUAUUAGCAGUUGCACAAACAACAUGGAUUUCAAAGCUUUGGUAUUGGAGCUCAUGCCUAAUGGAAGCUUGGAAAAAUGGUUGUAUUCUCACAACUAUUUCUUGGAUGUAGUUCAAAGGCUAAACAUAAUGGAAGAUGUUGCCUCUGCAUUGGAAUAUCUACACCAAGGCUAUUCAACACCAAUCGUUCAUUGUGAUCUAAAACCCAGCAACAUACUACUGGAUGAAGAUAUGGUGGCACAUGUAGGUGACUUCGGCAUUUCCAAACUCUUGGGUGAAGGAGAGACUAUGAGACAAACAAUGACAUUGGCAACAAUUGGAUAUAUGGCUCCAGAAUAUGGAUCGGAGGGAAUUGUUUCUACAAGAUGUGAUGUCUAUGCUUUUGGUAUCCUACUGAUGGAGACCUUCACGAGAAAGAAGCCUACUGAUGAAAUGUUUGUGGCGGAAAUGAAUUUGAAAAGUUGGGUGAGAGUAUCAUUAGCACAUGCACUAACUGAAGUUGUUGAUGCCAAUUUGUUGAAGAGAGAGGAUAUACAUUUUGUUGCUAAAUCGAAUUGUAUUUCAUCUAUUAUGGAAUUGGCUUUGGCUUGCACAGAAGAUUCACCAAAAGAUCGGAUAAACAUGAGCGAUGCUUUGGUUAUGCUCAAAAAGAUCAAGAAAAAGAUGUUGAAGGAUAUCGGAUCAAAACAUAACAUAAGAUGUGAGGUUCAUUUUCUUUAA